AUAAAACGCAUUCCGUCUGAUAGUGCCUUGAAUUGUAUGUAGCUAAACGCCGCCGCCGCCGAACAAAACGAUCAGCUUUGUUGUCUGUAUCAAACAUAAUUUAGCUUGAAACCGAGAUUUUUUGCAAAUUCUUUCUUCGUAGUUUUGGGAAGUACACCAGAAUUUUACCGCUACGAAAAUAUGACAACCGACGAGAGCCUACUGGAGGAAAUGUUGAAAAGGUCAACAAAUCCUUCCGAUGUGGAAGUUGACAAUAUGGCUGUGCAAAUAUUUUGUCUGCUGGUGAAUAGUAAUAAAGAUGGACUGGUGGAGAAGGCGCAGCAAUUAAUUGUGGACAAAAUUAAGUCUUCGAAUACCACAGAAGCCGACAAAGCAAUUGGGUUACUGGAAGAAUGCAUGUCAAAGGGCGGAGAAGAUUUCCAAAGGAAAACAGCCAAAUUUGCCUUUCUCAACAAAUUGAUUGGUUUGGUUUUAGAUAAGGCAACAACUGGAUCUCUGCCCGAUCCGCCUGUACCGGUUCAGACGAAAAAACGUAUAAUGGAAUGUUUAAUGCUAUGGACGGUAGAACAUGCUGAUAAACCCAAAAUUCAGGAAGCCUAUGACAAUUUGAAGAAACAAGUUAACUUUGCCCAUGGGCCGGCAGCAUCAGUGAGUGGCAGUUUAAAAACGUCUUCAACAAAUGAUGGCACUGUUCAAAAUCGUGGUGAUCCACGUGCAAGUAUUUUGGGUAAAGACGACUUAUUGCUGGCCAAAUUACUGAAAGAAGGCGGAGAAGAGAACUACCGCAAAGCCAAUUUAGUAAUACAACAUCGUUUCAAUCAGGAGGCAAGGCGUAUUGAGUUUAUAUGUCAUUUAAAAUCUGAACUUAAAAAAAUUGAAGAUACAAUGGAAUUGUUGGAACAAAUGUUGGGUGUCUAUUGCUUGGAAUCUUCGGCGGAAGAUAAAGAGAUAAUACAAAGUUUGUAUGGCACAUGUGAGGCCCACAAUGUUCAGAUGGCGAGAUGGCCCGAUUUUUUGGGCGAUUCAGAACCGGACUUUUUGGCGGAUGUGUUGGUAAUCAAAGAUAAUCUGGUUUCCUUGCUACAACGCUAUAAUGAAGUAAUAAAUGGCUCUGAAAUUAAAAUCCAAACCAAGAAACCAACAAAUCAUGUUAUACAAGGCUCAAAUGCCACCCCCUUAAUAAAUGCAUCUGCAUCAUCACCAUCCAAUAUUGCCAAGUCGUCGACAACAUCAAAUGCUGAUAUUUUAUCAGAACUUUUGGGUGAUUCCCUAAAACCAACAAUAUCAUCUUCUGCUAGUCCCAAAACUGAUAGUACAACAAAACCGAAGCAAAAUAAUGCCAACUCAACGUUUGAUGAGCUAACGGAAAUAUUUGGCAGCAUUGAAAAUCAGAAAAAUGAUCCAACAAAUUAUCCCACGGAUUUACUAAACAAUUUGGAUUUACUAGAGCCCAUAAGUGUUUUCAAUACCAAGAGCAAUAAUGAGAAGUCCGAAGGAGAUACCAAUAAUGAUGAUGAUGAGAUGCAACAAAAGCAACAUGGUUUUAAGGAGCUAAGGGAAAUUGACAAAUUGAGCGAAGAAUUAUUUAAGAAAAGUCUUCAAACCGAACUGAGACAAUCGACAUUUAAAAAAGAACCUGAGAAAAUCACACUUAACGAUUUGGCAAAAGACAAAAUGCAAACAUCAUUGAAGCCACAUUUGAAUGGCAACAGUCCAAUUCUGGAUUGCCGCCAGCCAAGCGAUGAAAUCGAAUUGAAGGCUGACAACACUAAGACUGCAGAAGAAAUAAAAAAGCCUUUGAAAGUUGAUAAUGAACAGCCUUUGCCUUUAAAUGAGAUAAUAACAAGAGAAUGUGAUCAAGAACCAACUACUAAGGCAGCUGAAAAUAUUACUCAAGAGAAGGCACCAGUUGUUCCGGUGGUUAGCAAACCCUUGGCAGAAAUACAAAUAGAUUUGGAUGACUUAACACCACUUGCGGAAGGGCAACGUAUUCUCUUGGAUGAUGAAGAUAUAGAAGUUUCAUUGAACUUUACCGCUGAUCGGCCCUCACCCCAUGUAUCGGUUAUUGUCAUGUCGGUAAUGAAUAAAUCACGUCUACCCGUUGAAGAUUUUCAAUUUGAAGCUAGUGUUAAAAAGCCUUGCAAAGUCCGUUUGUUGCCGCCCACUGAUGUACGAUUGGCACCCCGCAAACCUUUUCGACCCUCGGAACCAAUUAAUCAAGUUAUUUUACUUAUGAAUCCCACUGAGAAGCCAGUGGAUAUAACAUGUAUAGUGGGCUAUAGGCUCGGCGAUGAUCCCGAUCCUGUUAAAGAGUCAAUUACUGCCAAAGGCAUUCCAUAUGUUUAGUCAUUUUCAAAAUAAUAUCAAAUAUUCGCAAUGGCCGUAAUAUUCAGAAAAAAAUUAACAUCCCCCAAAGCUUCGGAAUGACAAUUGGCUGGUCCCUUGACUUGUCAAAACUAUUUGGGAUUCUACUGUUGUGGAAGGGAAAACAAGUUCCUACUCCUUUGUAUCACAUUGUAAAUUUACUUUUCUUAUUUUUUGUGAAAUUCGCGGAUGCAUUUUUGACCAUUCCAGCUGUGCUUAAAUGCAAUUUUUAAUUUGUUUCUGUUCUCUUCAUUGUUUUUAAUCGGCAUUGCUUUAAA